UCACAAAGCAUGUGUGGUCAGAGACUGCACCAUGUUCCUGUUUUCUUCCAUCUGUUUGUAAAAGCAUAUUUAUUAAAUAGAUGCCCAGUAGGAUCGCAGCAUCCUUUAGACAUGCAGAAUGAGGGUUCAGUGAUUUCUUUUGAAACUGAGAGGCUAUAGAAACACACUGGCCGGACUCGACCUUGCUGCAACCACCGCGGAGGUGGAGCCUGAAGCGCCUGUCCGAUUCCGCUUUCGCUGCUCUGGGUGCGCGCUCGUCCGUGUGACUGUGUGACAUGGGAAAUGGAGAGGAAGGCCACUGUUGAGGAAGUGAAAUGAUAACACAACGGCGCCUAGAUUACGACGUUUGCCUGUUUUCGCUUUCUGGACAGCAAUGUCGUCUCAACGAGUAUUCGCCCUGCCGAGGCAACAGUCUCUGCUCCUGCCCGCAGUCAUCAACCCGUUUGUGCAAGACACUAAACUGACCAAAGCUGAUAGAAUAAAAUGCGUCCUUCUGGGAAUCUUUCUGGUCCCUCUACGCGCCAUCCUGGCGUCUCUGGUUCUCAUGGUGACAUGGACGGUGGCCUUCAUAAUAACCUUCAACCAUCCCCUUAAAGGAGCCGUGGAGCCAAUGACAGGGUGGAGAAGGUUCAUGUGUAGGAGGGUGAUGGCUGCCUUAGGGAGGACUUACUACUUCUGCUUGGGCUUCAGAGUGGUGGUUAAGGGCAAGCAGGUUAGCAGCAGUGAGGCCCCCAUCCUGGCUGUGGCCCCCCACUCCACAUUUUUUGAUGGAAUUGUGUGUAUUGUCGCAGGCCUGCCCUCCACUGUCUCUCGUGUUGAGAACCUGGCUACACCCAUCUUUGGCAGGCUUGUGCGCUGUCUUCAGCCUGUGCUGGUGUCCAGAAAGGACCCAGACUCCAGGAAGAAUACUAUCCAAGAGAUAGACAGCAGAGCCAAGUCAGGAGGCCGCUGGCCACAGGUUUUGAUAUUUCCAGAGGGAACAUGUACAAAUCGUUCAUGUCUUAUCACAUUCAAGCAAGGGGCCUUUAUUCCAGGGGUCCCUGUGCAGCCUGUGCUUAUGAGAUAUCCCAACAAACUAGAUACAGUGACUUGGACUUGGCAGGGUUUUAGCUCGAGGAUACUGCUGCUUCUAACACUGUGCCAGCUGUACACUACGGUAGAGAUAGAGUUCUUGCCGCCGCAUAUUCCCACAGAGGAAGAGAAGAAAAGCCCGGCUCUGUUUGCCUGCAGAGUGCGAGCCACUAUGGCCAAGGCUUUGGGUGUUCCUGUGACAGACCACACAUAUGAAGACUGCCGUCUGAUGAUCUCAGCUGGCGAGAUGAUGCUACCCAUGGAGGCUGGCCUGGUUGAGUUUACCAAAAUUAGCCGCAAACUCAAUCUGAAGUGGGACAGUGUGAGAAAAGAGCUGGAGGGUUUUGCAACCAUGGCCAGUUCCUGUAAGGGAGGACGGAUCUCCAUUGAGGAGUUUGCCAAAUUCCUGAAGCUACCUGUAAACCCAGCCCUGGAGGAGCUGUUUGCACUCUUUGACAGGAAUGGAGAUGGCACCAUUGACUUCAGAGAGUAUGUUAUCGGCGUGACCAUCUUGUGUCGACCAGCUAACACCCAAGAUGUUCUUCAAAUGGCUUUCCAGCUGUUUGAUAUAGAUGAGGAUGGGAAAAUCACACGAGAGGAGUUUACUUCUCUGCUGCGCUCCGCGUUGGGUGUGUCAGAUCUCAACAUGGCCAAGCUCUUCAAGGAAAUUGAUGCUGACGGCUCUGGUUUCAUCACCUUCAGUGAAUUUCAAGCCUUUGCCACGACCCACCCAGAAUAUGCCAAGCUCUUCACCACCUACCUGGAGCUUCAGAGAUACCAAGCUAUCCAGGAGGGGAUGCCAGAUGAUCUGGAAUUGGGUGGUCAGACAAGUUCAGGGGAAAAACAGGAAGACAGUAGCUCUGACAAGAAAGAGGACUGAGGCACAAUCCAACUGUAAGCCCUGCUUGACUGCACUGAAAGACAGAACACUCUGUCCUCUGCACUGAGAAGGAAACAGCCGAGUAUCCAGCAACUUUUAGCAAAUCCAAGUCAUUUGCCACAGCAGUGCCAUAUUAUAGAUCAUGUGCUUGCCUUUUUAUAGACAUGGUUUUUAGAAUACUUCUGUUUUCAAUUUUAGUGCCAUAUAUAGAUUUGAAUGAAAAGCUUGAAGUCACAGCACAAGAAAUAUCUUAUUGCGGCAUCUCUGUAUAGUAUUGUGUGGGUCUUUUUGGUUAUGUGUCCAUCAGAAAAAACUAAAUCAAAAGCUAGUCAUGGGAUGAAAAUAGGUCAGAAAUCUCAUCAAUAUUUUCAAAAACCAUCUAAACCCUGCAACCCUGUUUUUGGACUUAUGUUGUUAGUGACAGUGUAUUAUGUUAUACUUGAGUACUGUCAUUGUAAACUGCCUCACCAUGUUUUUGACUUUGUACUUUCAAUACACCAUUUCUUACCCUUGUCUGGACUUAGAUGAACGCAACUUGCUGUACCUUGUGGUCUUCUGUAAAUUAGUGGAAAGGUUUGCCAAACCAUCGACCUUUUAAGACAUAAGCAAAGAGUCUUUGUGCUUUCGUGUUGUAAUAUAAUUAGUGUACACUAAGGUUUAUUAAGAUCUGUCCACUCUUGCAACCUAUAGAUGUUCUGUAUUAUAGCUAUAUCUACCAAGAGCUUACAUGCUGUGUAUUACACUUUUUUCCAGUGCUCAGGGACACAGAUCGUGUAACAUAGCUGUAUAAUUAGCCAGAGGUUUACUUUGCAUGUGUAUCUAUUUCCAUUUUUACUGAAGAUUGUUGUUGCUGAGACAGCAACAGCAUCUAAGCAGCUUUACAUUUACUAAAGCAAAUAAACCAGUUAAAAUAGGGCAAUUUGUGAGCAAAAAAGCAACAGUACUUCUUCACAACAGCAUAUUCCAGCAGUGUAUGCUUUACGAUGAACUAAGUGGCACUGUUAUUUAUAUAUCAGGGUGCAUUGCCAUUAUCUUUUUUGUUAACACUGUAAAGUUUGCCUUCUAAAAUAAAACAAAAACAUAAUUGUA